AUGAGUUUAUUACAGAGGGGGCUCACAACCCAAGUGUCGGCGUUUGCGACCCGUUCCCGCCCUCAGUCGAUCACCUUCGGAGUUCGAUCGCCUCUGCGCCGAGUACGACAACCUCGACGAUACAACUCUCAAGCCCCUAAGCCCGAGACACCGAAUGAGGGUCACCAUAUCGCUCAACCGAAUGCCAGUGCUACUGCCGCAGGCGCUGCUACGCCAAAUACUGCGACAGCGGUGAGCCGGUCUCGAGCGUUUCGCGAACUUGUGAAGGCCAGCCCUUUGGGUACAUUUGGAAGAUGGUAUGCUCGUGUACAGAGUGAGAGCCCAUACAAGACUCAAAUUUGGAGCUCCAUCAUCAUUUAUCUAUUUGGUGACUUGGGUGCGCAACUAUUAUUCCCAUCGGACGAUCAAGCGCCUAAGGCCGGUCAGAAUAAGGCAGCAGAGCUGAAGAAUGAGGAUGAGAAGCCGAGCUUUGGAAGCAGUUAUAAUCCAUGGAGAACGGUGCGACACUUGAUGAUUGGAGCAAUCUCUAGUAUUCCAUCAUAUAAAUGGUUCAUGUUCCUUCAUAAUAACUUCAACUACUCCUCGAAGUUUCUCUCCAUCUUGACCAAGGUUGUGGUUCAACAAAUGUGUUUCACCCCUGUCUUUAAUACCUACUUCUUCAGCAUGCAUUCCCUGCUUGCAGGUGCCAGUUUUGAAGAAACCUUUGAGCGCUUGAAGAAGGCACUGCCCGUCAGUAUCACCAACAGUGUCAAGCUCUGGCCGGCGGUCACCGCAUUCAGCUUCAUGUACGUGCCACCAGAGUUCCGGAAUGUCUUUUCUGGCGGAAUUGCUGUUUGCUGGCAGACAUACCUGAGUUGGUUGAACCAGAAGGCCGCUCGUGAAGUUCGAGAGGCUGAGGCUAAGCUUGAAUCCGCUGCCUCGCACACGAUAUCUAGGAACCUGCUCCCUGCAGCUGGAACUGCAUAA